CACAUUUAGCUGAGCUUGACACAGAGCAAAUCGUACAAAGAUUUCAAACAGUAGACUUCACAGAGGAGACUUUACCGAGUAGAUUUCACAGAGUAGGUCGCACUUUUUAUCUGCGUAACAAAACCGCUUAAACCACCAUGAAUGAAUUCUUGGGCCGCCAGGAUUGUAUUGAAAGUCUGCGAAAAGAUUUGGUGGAUCUACAAGGAGCUAUUUUAGACGUGUUUUCUCGAACGGGUCCUGUGCGCUUUACCUCCUGGAAAUUCCCCGAUAAACUGUCCUGUAAUCUGGACAUGGUUGCUCUGUUGGACCAGUAUGACUUCAUAGAAGGAGAGGACAUAUUCAAUCAGCACUCCCACAUUGUUUUACUGGAGCUUGUGAUUGACAGGUAG